AUGACGUCUCCAUUUUCAUCGCACCGUUAUUAUGUUAAGCAAUUCUGGUCAGUAUACAUACGCUAAAUUAACUAUUACUAAUUAUUAUUAACUUUGUUAGUUAAAUCAAACACAAAUCAAUAAUGACCUAGGUACUGCGAAUACAAAUUGUUUUGAUUAAUAUUUAAUUAUCUUACUAAAAAGAAGUUUAUGAAUUACUUAAUUACUUAUAAGGAGGGUGCGUAUUAUAAUGAGAAUUACAUUAUAAUCUAUAUAUAUAUAUAUAUAUAUAUAUAUAUAAUUACACACAUAUAUAAUUAUUUUAUAUUCCGAGUUUAGCGAAAAAUGUAUUGGUUUUACUAAGAUGUUUUUAUCCUGUGUACAAACAUCCUACCAGAAAUCUUGCUCAGAUAUAUACGCACGGUACCAUUUACGAAAAAGAAUAUUGUCCAGAUGGUACUUUUAGGAGGUCAUUAUUUGAAAUUUUAAAAAAAUUAGGGCCAUUUUUGAGGUAUUUAUAGACAUUUUUUUUUUAAGAGUUUUGAAGGUAAUAUUUAUUCGGUAGGUACUCUGUGGUAAAAUUGUUAGACUUGAACAGAAAUGCUUCAAAAUUGAACAGAAGUCUUACUUUGUAGUCAAAAAAUUGAGUUUGAUGUAGUUAUUUUUUUAUAAGGGAAUUUCAAUAUUCAAUUUUGACGAAAAUCGUUUGAGUAAAAAAUUAUGCUGAACAAAUCUAAGUUUUUAAUUUUUUUUUUUUUUUUAUGAACAAAUGUAUAUUGCCAAUUUAAGAACGAAGUCAGAAUUAAGUGGAUUUUCGAAUUUAUAGCUUUUUGAAGUUCUGAUAUUAGGCGGAUAUUAUAUGUUAAGUUAAAUAAUUCUAUGUUGUUCUCCUAAUACCAUAUUUUUUAUGAUUUGAUUGUUCUUUUUGCCUAUUAUCAUCCUGGGGGUUCCGAGUUCAAACCUGUGUGCCCGAAAAAAAAUGUUUUUCCCCUUUUACCUAAACAAGGAAAAGACAAAUACAUUUUGAAUGUAUAUAGAGACCCAAACAAAAACCAAAAAAAAAGUGGUUUACUUAAUUUCUGGGAAAAAUCUGUAUAAAAUGUCGGAAAAACGGAAAAUGUAGGUAUUAGUAAAAAAAUAUUAUGGCCUUAUUUUUCUGUGAAUUACUUUUCUACCAGAAAUUUUGCUCCGAUUUUUAAUGGUAGCACUUUUUCUGAAGGGAUAUCUGACUGGGAAGGUCUUACUUAAAGUACUUUAAUGAAGUCAUUUUUCGAUUUCCCAAUUUGUAUAUUAUUGACAAAGCAACACUAUCAACUGAACUCCGCUCGGAAUCGUUUUUUCGUUACCAAUGGUUUAUCGUUGCUUACCGAUAUACGUUAAAUUCCCAUCCAUCUAAUUUCUUACCUUUCCAAAUUCCCACCUACAACUGCAAUGGCUGGACCCGUCUUCAUAAUUCUAGGGCAUCCUUUUAAAACUUUUUGUUUUAAUAUUUUAAUCUCGAGUAUUACUAACUAAUUAGAAUACAAAUUGUCUAUAUUGGAAGAAAUGAAGUAACUACUAUUCGUAUAUUGUAAUGUGGAUUACUCAUUAUAUUUUUUCUCUCGGAAAAAAACUGGGUUCUAAACUAAUAAAAUAAUAAAGCUUAUUUUUAGUCAAUAAUAAAUAUAUUGAUGUUAUUAUUAGCAAUAACAAAAAUAAUUUGUAACUUAUCGAUAAUUUAUUACUCAUAGUAUUUUUAGCAUUACUAUAGUGGCGAAUGAAACACUGCAAUGACCCUGAAUCAACAUAUCCCAUGCCGGUGAAUUGAUCGCGACUGCAAAUUAGUUGCUGAUCAAAUUGAUCGCCAAAAUAAAAAAAAAAAUAUAUUGGUUUAUAUAAUUUUUUCGAUUUAUACUAAAAAAUAAUAUUCCUAUUAAAAUUAUUAAAAAUUGAUUAUUAUUAAUAAAAUUGAAUAAUUUGUUGUUACACAUUUUAUUCGUUAUUCUCCCAGUAGUGGCGCUGAACUUUGAUAGCACUGGUCAGGCGAAAUCAAAUUUCAACGGCCACAAUUAAUAUGUCCAGUUUUUAGUAAUGAAUAAUCAAUCCUAAUAGGUACCGAUUUGGAACAGUUUUAAUUUUUUAUUAACAUUCAAUUUGAGCCUUUUGGGUACCUGCUAUUAUUACAUUUUACAUAUAAUAAUUUUUUAGUGAAUACAGCCUAAAUUAUAACGUAAUUCAUAUUAUUGCGAUGAUAAUGCGGGUUAUACAAUAUCGUCGUAUCAUUUAUAAUUUUUUAAAAACAGGAAAACCACAAAAAUUUAGAAAUGACAAUAACAACAAUAUAUGGGUACCUACUUUAUAGUAAUAAAAUAAUGUGAAACGAAAAUUGUAUUUAUCUUCCUCAAUUACAGAAACCACUUUUGAGACUUUAUCAAAAAUCUAUUUUCACCAUAAUUUUUAUGAAAGUUUGGUGAAUGGAGGGGGUUGAAACCCUAACCUCUCCUCUCCCUGUACUAGUGUCUGGGUAUUAAAUUGCAAUGAUAAUAAGAUACCUUCGUUAUCCGGUAUAAUUCUAUUAUAUCAAUAUAACUUAUAUUUAUAAGUGUAUAAAUGUGUAUAAUAUAUAUUAUAAAUGUAUAUUACCUUUAUAAUUUAGAAACAUAAUUUUUUUCUUUUUUUAAACAAAGAAAAAACAAAAACCAAAGUUGUUUUAAAUCUUAAUACUCAGCAAAAUUAAAAAAAUGUAUUAAAAAUGAUUUUUUUUGUUAAAUUUAUUUACAAUAUAUAUUAUAUAUAAAUUUAUUUUUUACGAAGGACCUGGAAACUAUGUUCAUUAACCUUAAAGCUAUAUUUUUAUUACAUAAUUUUUAAUUUUGCAUAUUUAUUAAGUAUACUAUGUGUCCAUAAAUCAUGAAUUAAUAUUUUUGAUUCAAUGACCAUCAUUUAAAAAGUAUUAUACGUUAUAAUGUUAAUAAAAAAUGUAAUAUAAUGAAAAAAAACAUUGUAUUUAAUAAUAAGAUAUUAAAGUAAAAAUAAAAUUAUUAAAACGGUUAAUACUCGUAAAUAAAUAUAGUAAAUAUAAGUACCUGCCAUUUUUUUGAAAUUUAACGCGUAAUUUAGAUAUUUUCAAUGUAUUUGUGGGGUAGGGGGGGCAGCAUUUGCGAUAGUUUCAUGCUGCAUAAGUUUAAUAUGUGACGUGUGCUUGGCCUAACACAACGGCAACAUGAAUACGUGAGUCACAAACAAUACAAAGUGAUCAGGCCAUAUUGUAAAAAUUGUUAUUAUUAUACUAUAUUAAAUUUAUUCAAUUAAUAUAACUUAUUCAAAAGUCCAAUAGUUUGUCAAGGGCUUCCUAAAACGAUUUUUCAAAAGCAAUAGCCCUUAACUUCAACAUUAAACAAUUUUUGUAUACAUUUCAUAUUUGUAUUAAAUAUUUAUGUAUAUAUUAUAUUAUAAUAUAACUUACAACCUAUACAAAUUCGAUAAUUUUGUGUGAUAACUGAACGCAACAUUAUCUUUAUUUCUAAAUAAUAUUAAAUUGUUACCGGAAUCGUAAAUUGUAUACUAUAUUUGUAUAGUGUAGAAAAUGCAAAACGAAACGGAACUCGUGUGACUAAAUAAAUUACACGGGACGGAACUCGUAAAACUAAAUAAAUAACACAGGACGCAAAAGGUACAUCCAUUUUAAAAACCAAGGACGGAACUAGUCUGUCCUAAAAUUCAAAUUUCACAUUUUGGACGGAACUCGGAUGCGACCCGUAUUUUGCGCUUUGUAUUGUUAUGUAAUAGAAAAAAGGCGACCGCAAAGACCACUGUGAUGGGCAACGUGACAACUUUAUCAAACAAGAACUAUUAUUAUUACGUUUCGAAAACAAAUAUAUUGUUAUACAAUGCUUUUCCAGUAAAAAAUAUAAAUAAACACAAUAAAUUGUGUUUAGAAGAGAGUUCAUAGGUCAACCCUUUGUAUCGUAAAGUUAUAUUAUUAUUAUGUAUCGAGUUUCGUAUUAUGGGUUUUUUCUUUUUAAUCUAUGGUCCAAGGUUUACAAAGAAAAUAUUUUAUAUAAAUAGGAUUUCAAUUAGAAAAUUAUUAUACCAUUAUUCGUUUACGAUAUUAUUGUACUCCGACGUUUGUUUUACGCUUCGGCGGAAAUAUUUUAUACGUAAACUAAUAUUGUACCGUUCAAGUUAUUCAAACUGUCAUUUCGAGUGCCAUAUUAUAGAUAACAAAGUCUGUUUCUAAAGUGAUAGGAUGCGUCGAGUAUGGUAAGCUGAUGACAACACAAAAACGUAAUUGAAAAAUAUUUACCGUUCGCGUACACAAUAAUUACAAUUAUAAUUGUAUCUUGUAUAUUAAGUAUAUUGUAGUAGAUUUAAAUUUUCUGGUUUCCCCCUUAACGUUUCAGUGAUUAGUUUAUAAUUUUCUGUUGUUUUUUUUUUUCAAUAUAUAUAUUUUUUCAGUAUGGUUUUGUUGCUAUUAAACCUAGUGGAUUAUUUCGCGAAAGCUGAUAACGCAAUCGCCAAAAACGAGAAUAACGAAUUGGAUUGGUGGCAAACCGCGAUUUUCUAUCAAAUCUAUCCUAGAUCGUUCAGAGACAGUAAUGGCGACGGAGUGGGAGAUCUCAAAGGUAUAAUGAUGUUUAUUUUUGUUUUGAAAGUGAAUAUUUUAUAUAUACCUAAGUAGUUGGGUAACAUUAAAAAUUUAAACAGUUUUGAACAAUUAAAAUCAAAUUGCGCAAAAGGCAAACUUCUCCAUUUGUUUUUUUUUUUUUUUUUGGGAGCCUUUUUUUUUGGUAUGAAGUUAUUUGCCGCUCGUUGCGGUACUAUAACGUCUGUAACACAUUGGUACUAUUUGAGCUAAAAAAAGGUGGCAGUGACAAAGAAAAAAUUAUUUUAUUUAAAAANGUACAUACAAACCGUAACAUUCCGGUUUUUUUAAUAUAUUCUCCUCGUCUUUAACGGGAUUAUAGAAUUAGUUCUCAAACUUAGGUAAUCCAUAAUUUUACCUAUUGAAUUGGCUCCCUCGAAAUUUUUUUAAUAAAUAUAUUGGUUAUCAAAAUAUUAUUCAAAACAAUAAAUAAAUAACUAACAUAUUAAUAAUAAACAAUUUGAAAUAUAAAUAUUAAAUUAUAUUUAGUCAAAUGAAAAUAUCAAUAAUAGUUCAAUUAAAAUAAUAAUAAUUAUAUAAAAUAUAUUAUAAAUCGGUGGUAUAAACAGGAUUUUUCAUUAGGGAGGGACCUAAAGUUUUAUAAUUAAUUCGUUGUUUUGUCAGAAAUUUAGUAGAUCAGUAGUGGCGUUCUUAUAGUUCUGACUGAUAAUAAACAUAAAAUGUACAUAAAAAAAAAAAACUACAAAAAUGUUGGGCAGUAACACACAAUAUUUAAGCUAGUCGAGUAUUAAAAAAUCAUUGAUCAACCAAAAACACGAUUUUCGUUUGUGACAGUCCGCCAAAAUAAAAAAGGUUCGAUUUUGGUUUUCGCCAAAUCUAUUUCUACCUGCCUGUCAUUAUUAUAGUAAGAGAUCCAUAUUGAGGAUGGAUUUGUGCGAAAAAUUAAAUUUUGUUCCUAUUUAGAAUAUUCUUAUUUACCACGUUUACUUAUGACGAAUUCAAACUAAAAACAAUAUAUACACAUCGAUUUACUCGGGAUUACCAUGGCUACGUUGUCGUAAUACUCGAAAUCUCGUCGAUAUUAACUUUGAGCCCGAUAACACACACGCCAUCUAAACUGAUAUAAAUAAGAAUGAUUAGAUCAAUUUAUAUAUAUUUAUAAUAGGGAGUAAUAACCACGUGUACAAUUAAUUAUAUCGACGUACAUUGAUUAUCUAUAACACUGUAUAUAGACUAGGAGUACUCAAACUCCUUCUCAAUAAUAUAAAUAGAAAUAAAUUUAGUGGGAUCUUCUUCGUUUUGGCGGAUAAUUGGCCGAAACGAAAAUUAAGUCAAUUUGUCGGAAACGAUGACCGCCCAUUUUAGUGUGCAAUACUAUCAGGUAUGUUUUAUACGAAUGCAAUGACGAAUAACCUAAGUAUACAAAAUACAUCAGCGGUUCCCAACCUUUUUAUGUCCACGUACCAUUAACACAUUUGAUCAUUUUUCACGUACCAGUUGAUACGGCUAUUCAUAAUUCGUUAUAAUUAUUAAAACAUACAAUGUGCACGUUAUUAUUUAUGUAAGGAACUUUUUAUUAUUAAAUAUACAGCCAUUGACCAUAAUAAUAAACAAAAAUAAAAAUUGUAAUAAAUGCGUGUGGUUAUUAUUUGUAUUAUUAUUUAUGGAUUAAUAAACUACAUUAAAACCUCGAUUAUAACUAAUUACUUUUUUCUUUCAAUUAUCAAAUAAUUUUUACCAAGAGUGGUACGCGUACCAUAGGUUAAGAAUCGCUGAUCUACAAAAUUAUUUUUCACUAAUUAAAUGUUGUAUUGUUAUUACCUACGUCAUCCGUGGGCAAACUUAACGAUGCGUAAAUUGUUGGUAACAUCAAAUCAAUAAUUUCAAUAUUGCAAUUAUAGAUAUUAUCUGAAAAUGUGUGGCAGCCCGCAUAUGCACUAUAAUACUGGUAAUGUUGUAAUAAUAACAAAACAAUGUUUAUAACGAGUGAAACCACUGUUAGAUAAAAACUGUAAUCUUAUAAGCGUAAUAAUAUCUUAUUCUGUGAUAAUGCAGUAGCAUAGUAAGUUUGUUAAUAAACUGCGGUGGUAAAAUAAAUUAUAAACUUACGAAAAUAGUAUAUUUUUUAAAAAAAAAAAGUCCUUACUUACUCAUUAUUGUUACAAUUGAAAAUAUGUAUAUAUACAGUCAAGGGGGUGGGGUAGUCCCUUAUCCCACCUGACCCCAGCAUAAGCUAUGGUUAUAAACAAUUUAAAUUAUAAAUAAUGUAUAAUGUAUUGAAAUCUAGAUUUUAUACCAACUCCUUAUAAUAAAUUAAAUAUCAGCUUGAACACUAUAUAAUACAUUAAGAAAAUUGUACUAAUUUGGGUGUAGUGAAUAAAAUUGAAAAUUAAACUCAGAAUGAAAAGAUUCCCAUGAAUUAAUUUUUUUCACAAUUUUUCUUUUUGACCAAAGCACUUAAUAAUUAAAAUUGUUGAUACACGAAUACACAAGACUAACUGAGAUUGCUGUAUUGUACAAUAUCAGAUUCAAAUUAAUUGUAAGUACUAAAUAACGUAGUAUAGAAAUAUCUAAUAUAAAUCUCAACCAUUGAACGCGUUAUCGUUUUAAUGAUUAGAUCAUUUUUAAUAGUUAGUUGUCACUGUUUUGCCAAAAAUAUUAGUUUCACAUAAGUACUUUUUCUAUUUAGAGAUACACUUGUAUAAAAUAUUAUUUGGUGCCAAUUCAAUAAUAUGUUUUAUGGGAAUCGAUUCAAUGAUAAGGGGUAUCUGGUAUUGCGAACCAAGUCGACGCUCGCCGUCUUUAAAUAAUUUCGUCAUCUGCGUUUAAACUCUAAUUAACAACAUAACGUUAUAACUGAUAAUAACUUUUUCAUUUUUUAUUUUUUACUUACGUUUUACAAAUUUUGUCAAGGAAUCGAAGAAAAAGCGGAACACUUCAAAGACAUAGGAGUGGAUUGUAUUUGGCUGUCGCCGAUUUUCAAAUCGCCCAUGGCAGAUUUUGGUUACGACAUUUCGGAUUACAAUCAAAUCGACAGUAUAUUCGGCACGAUUGACGACUUCGUAUCGCUGAAAAAUAAACUUAAGUCACUGGGUAAUUUAAAUUAAUACCACUUUUAUCAUUAUGUUUUCUUUGAGUAUAUUUUAUUAGCAUAUUGCUGUACACCAAUGGACAAAACCCAUCUAUUACAUGUUAUUCCUUUUUUUUCUAAUUGUUUUUUUAUACAAUCGCUAUAAAAAAAAUACAAAAAUAUCAAUUUUAAAGGAAUACACAUAUCUAAAUAUUAUUUUUAUUUCUAAAGUAAAUAUUGUUGUUAAAAUUUAUUUUUUUUAUAAAACAAAAUCAAUCAUCGUUAUAAAAGUGCGUUUGUUUCUAUAAAAACCUAAAACGAUGAUUAUGAAAUAAAUAAUCGAAUUAUGUGUUACAAUGUUACUAUAGGAUUGAAAAUAAUUUUGGACUUUGUGCCCAAUCAUUCAAGCGACGAACACGAAUGGUUUACAAAGUCCGUACAAAGAAUCGAUCCGUACACGGAUUAUUACGUUUGGAAAGACGCCAAAAUCGAUGUUAACGGUACGAAAUUACCGCCAAAUAAUUGGGUAAAUAAAAUAAUUAAUUUUUAACCGUUAACGCUAUAAUGUUUGUAAUAACUAUGAUAUAAUACAUUGCAUAUAACUAUGUUCUCGUAUAUCAUCUAGCCUUUUCGUUGCUGACCUUAUAAAAAGUUUAUUAACACAUUUAUUUCAGCAAAGUAUUUUCAGUNUACUUCCCCAUUGUUGCCAUAUAGUAUAUAAAAAAAUGAUACGUUCAAAUUUCGUUUUCCCCAUCGUGGGACGGGCUUACAUUGACAUUAAAAAUACUAUUUAAUACUAGGGUAUAGGUUGAACGAAGUAACUCAUGUCAACCCUUUACAUAAAAUAUUAAUCUAAGCCUAUAAUCUAAACAUUUGACCGUGACCCAACGGUCAAUUCCCCAUCAGAGGGGACCGUUGUGCCGGAGAGUAUUGUACUUACUGAGUCAUUUUGACGUAAUCAUUUUUCUGGUGGUUGGAAUAAUAUUUUACGUAUGUUGUAGGUGUCAAGUGUCAUAAAAAAACUAAAAAUUAAUAACACAUUGAAAAAUAUAAUUUAAAAUGUUAACACAUUAUAGACACUUAAUAUAAUAUAUAUAUAUAUUAAUUAUGCUCGAUUACCGAAAGUAGAAUAUUGAAUUUGAUAUUGAAGUACAAGAUUUUUUAAAAACAAAUCAUAUGUAUUGUUUUUCCUUCAGAAUAAUUUGAGAUUUUGGCUAGAACUUGGUGUAGAUGGAUACAGAGUAGACGCCGUACCGUUUUUAUUUGAGGAUUCGCGAUUCUUGGACGAGCCCAGAAAACCUGAACGCCUAGCUUCAAAAGAGAUAAAUACCUAUCUGCAAUAUGAUCACCCGUAUACAAUGGAUUUAAAUGAAACGUAUGAUAUGAUAAGCCAGUUUCGAAGCGUUUUAGAUGAGUACAAACAAAAAGACGGAAAAACCAGGUAUAUAUUUUUAGGGUUUUUUUACUGAUUGUAUAUGUUUUACAAAUCUUAACGACCAGUUUUCAAACGACUGCGUUUUGGAGCAAUCAAUACCCUGUAAUUUAAAAUGAUGUAAUUAGACUAGGAAUGGGUUACAUAAAAUAGUGAUAUAAUCAUUUUUUGGUCUUAUAUUAUUCACGUUCAUUAAAAUAUUAGUAAUGGCAAUGACAGGAGAAAUACUUAUUUUAGACAUUUGAUUUUUUUAAUUUUUUAAUGGCAAUAAACUGGAACUCAAAAUUAUAUUCCUAAAAUUAUAUGUUGUUAAUUGGUUGUAUAAUAGUUGAAAAUCGUGCUCUUAAUUUUUUUUUCUUUAAAUGAUAGGGUCAUGAUAAUCGAAUCGUACACUACCUUAGAAAACACUAUGAGGUAUUAUGGAAAUGAAAAACAAAUAGGAGUGCAUUUACCAUUUAAUUUUCAAUUGGUUACCGAACUUAAUGCUCAAUCAAAUGCUACCAAAUUCAGCAACACAGUGAAUCAAUGGUUAGACAACAUGCCAAAGGGAAAAUGGCCGAAUUGGGUGGUGAGUAUUAGCGCUAAUCAUUUUAUCGUUGACCAGCACUCGAGUACAACUAUUAAAAUGCAACUUUGCACGUGUUUGCAGCUAGUGAUAUCGGUGAGAAAUUGAAAAGUAAGUAAAGGGGAAAUAUAAUGUAUAUCUGCAAGCAACGAUAAACUAUUGCAGAGUAAUAAAGAUUAAUAGCAUUGCUUUUUUAACAAUAUAUAUGACAUUAUAUGGUAAAAUAAUUGCAUUGGCAUUAAAUAUUUUCAUUCAUAAUAUUUGUUUAAUAUUGAACACAUAUUCUCUUUUUUCUUUCGAUUGAUUAAAAUAAUACCAGUUGUUCGUUUUUUAGUUUCUUCCCCGUUUUAAAAAGUUUUUGCAGAUUUCUCAGAAAAAUCUAAAAACUGUCACCUUUAAGUACCUCUUCAGCCAAAUUUAUUUUCCGAAAUAGUAUUACCAAUGAAAACUGGAGCAAUAAUCCUAUUUGAAAAGUUAUUAAAAAAAAUAAUAAUAAUAAUAAGUAAACAUUUUUGUAAAAUCAUAAUCUUCUUGGCUUCACUCAAAAUCCAAGUAUACAUGAUGCAAAUUAAACAACACUUUACCUCUUACAAUGUCAUGAUAUUUAUAACUUAUGGAUCUGAAGAGGUUUAAACUAUGCCGAUGCCGUCUCUACCAGUAUAAGACAAAAUUAAAUUCCCCUUUUUCGUAUAAGACAGCGAAAAGCCGGAUUGAGUAGUCGCUAACCAAGACUCAAAACGCAUUAAAGAUUUCUGAAUUCUUAAGGAGAGUAUUGUUAUAAAAGCCCAAACAUAGCAUUGACCAUAUUAAUGAUAAAGAAAAAACGCUUUAUGCAUAAAAAGUGAACGAAGAAACAUAAGCAAUGCAUUUUUAUAUAUUAACCAAUUACAAAUAUAGAAAGCUUAGUAGGCCUGUUUUUGAUAAAUUCUUCAUGACAUUCCAUUGUUUAAAUAUUUUAUAUAUACUGAAAUAUUUUAGAACCAUUUAAUUACCGUUCCAGAACAAUUAAUCCAAAUUGUUUUUCAAUUGUGUCAUAAGUAGUAAUACUCGAACGCUAAAAUAUGAAUAGCUAUGAUAAUUGUUCGCAGAUAGGAAACCACGACCAACCGCGGGUUGCGACGCGGUUUGGUAGCGAAAUGGUGGACGGAAUUAACAUGCUAAACCUGCUGUUACCGGGCACGGUGUUCACGUACAUGGGCGAGGAGAUCGGUAUGGAGGACGCCAAUAUCAGGUGGUCGCAGACGGUGGACCCGAUGGGACUAAACGCCGGUCCAGAAUAUUACAAGACGCAGAGCCGGGACCCGCCGCGGUCACCGUAUCAGUGGGACGCGUCCGUCAAUGCCGGGUUCACCGACAACCCGGAGGUCAGGACGUGGUUACCGGUCAACCCGAACUAUUGGCGGCUCAAUUUGGCAGCGCAGAAGAACCAACGUGACCACCUGAGCCACUACGCCGUCUACAAACGGUUGGCCGGACUCAGAAAGACCAGGACGAUGCAGCAUGGUGUCUACGAAGGGUGCGUCGUGUCCGACUGGGUGUUCGCUUUCUCCAGGUACGCGGUUUAAGUUAACCGUCGACGCUAUCCUCUUCUACUUCAAUUUUCUGCGACUUCAAGCCACAAAAUCUCACCAUCUGUUUUGUUUGAAUUUAAUUGCAUUUCUUUCAAUAUGCCUGAACUCAACUGUUUGUCAAUUUUUAAAUAAUCCACAUGAUAAUAUAUUGUUUUCCCUGUGAUAUUAGAAUUUUUUCGGGAUUACAUUUAGGACUUGAUUUAUGUUUAACGUAUAAAACAAUUAUUUACGUUUAUUCGGACAAAUAUUUAUUUCUUUUGACCGGUCAGUGUUUGCACUUUACGUUGCGUCUAUAGAUUAUUAAAUAUCGUCCAUCUUUUAAAUUCUAUUUGAAUCUUUUCUCCAGAGCGUCCUAUUUGUUUAGUUAAUAUUUAAAUAUUAUAAAUAUGUCUCGCGUUUAGAUCACUGUCUGGAGCGGAGACGUAUUUGGUGGUCAUGAACGUGGGUACCGAAGAAGAACGUGUUGAUCUGUCCGGUUUAUCGACUGUAAACAAACAACAAACGUGGAUAGUACACACACCCAGUAUAAAUUCACAAUAUUCCAUAGGGUGAGUUGAUAUAUUAAUAAAAUAACUGGAUUACAGAUUUCAGACCACAAAUUUUUUGAUUCAAUAUUUUACAGUUAGUGUUAGUUUUUGGAUUCAUAAUUAUUGAGUACUUUUAAUAAAUUUUUUCGUUUUUUAUAUAUCAUUACUUUUGAUAAUAUAUAUAUAAAAUAAAUGCAUAAUAUAAACCCGAGUUUAUAUAUUAUGUAACUUACGGAUUUACAAUAAAUAUCGGACUUUGAUUUACGGGUCUCUCGAAAAUGUGCCUAAUUUUUCCUAUUACUACGUAAUAUAAACUAUAAAAUAAAAAAAAAAAUUUGAAAAGUUUGUUUUUUUGAAUGCGCUAAUCUCAGAAUCUGCUUGUGGGUUUUGAACUAUUAUUUUUGCAUUGGUCCACGAAUUGUUUCAUUGCCAUUUAUAAUAAUAUAAGUAUUAUUAUAAACUCCUCAACCGAUUUUCAAAAUGUUUUCUAUAAAUUCCUUAUAUUACUGCGAUAAUCGUAGGCUAAUUAUAAUUUAAUUUCCUACAUUUUUACAAUUAAGAACGCUGAACAUCGGUGUUAUAGGGAGGGAUAUUGAGAUUGGGAAUCACGAUUUAAUUUUUAUUUAAAUUUGUUCGUCGUUACCGACACUGGCAAAGUCUUGCGGCACAGCUAGUUAUUAUAUAUACUAUACUAAUGUUAAACAUUUUUAGAAACAUUCUGAACUCGAGCGGUUUCACAAUGAGGCCUAAAUCGGCAUUGGUGUUGACCAAUCAAAAUCUGCAAAAGAAUUUAUCAUUGUCUUCAUCAUUGGCGGAAUUGUCGUCAUCAUCGGCGGUAUCGUCAGCACUGUUAUAUCCGUCCGCAAUGAUUCUGGUCGCUUUGGGAUGCAUAUUAACUAGCCGAUACGGAAUAUUUGGCGCAUGA